ACAUCCAGAGGACAGGAAGAAGAAGAAGAGAUUGUGGGGAGAUCCGCUGUGUAAGGACAGACAUGGAGGACAGGAGGGGGGCAGACAGACCCUCCCCUCCCCCCUCCACCAGCCAGACACACAAUAAAAAUACAGAACCCCAGAGGAAGAGAGCCAAGAGACGACCCCGGAGAGAGAGACCGCCCAGAGCCAGAGAGACCACCCCCCAACCACCCAGUAAUAAUGCUUCGCCGCCGGAUGACAUCAGUUUGCACUCGCUGGUGGAGGACAUCACCUGCUCCAUCUGUCUGGACGACCUCCAGGAACCGGUCUCUAUCGCGUGCGGUCACACUUUCUGCCGCAGCUGUAUCGGCACACACUGGAGCACCCCGCAGGUGGAGGGAUACCUGUGCCCCGAGUGUCGGACGCAAUGCCCCCGAUACCAGAUAGCCCCGGACUACCGGCUGAUGAACCUCAUAUCCAAGAUCCAGAAAGGGGUGCAGGAGAAGGAGAAGAGCACUGAGGAGGAGUCUCCGGUAUUCUCAGAUGAUCCCGGGUACCCGGUACAGCUGGUGUGGACGGACGGCAAUGGCUGCCUACAUUUGGAUGAAUCGGUCAUGUAUGAUUGCUUCAUGAGCUCUGCGCUAUCAAGUUACCCCGUCUACCUGCUCUGCGUAAUUGGGGAGAAGCGCCGGGGAAAAUCCUUCCUGAUGAAUUACAUUAUAAGGGCCCUGGAGAGCCAGGAGAAGGGUGAAGAGUUCAGCUUGGGGGCAGAAGACGAGCCUCUGCAAGGGUUUGAAUGGAGAUCCGGCAUUGACAGCACUACAAAGGGUCUAUGGAUGUGGAGCAGACCAUUCAUACUGGGCAACAAGGGGGAGAAGGUGGCAGUCUACAUCCUGGACACGGAGGGGUCGCUGGAUAUUGAGGGUGACCGGGAAAGCUGCAUUAAGCUCUCGGCGUUGUCCAUGCUGAUCAGCUCCCACCUGAUCUUCAAUGUGGCCAGCUGCCUGAAGGAGACGGAGUUGGACUACAUGGAGAUGUAUUUGCACAUGGGGGAGGAGUACGGAUCCCAGCGGCUGCAGUAUCUGGAUAUAUUGAUCCGGGAUUGGCAUGACUCCAGUAAUUGCGAUAGAGACGCGGCUCGCUUUUAUAUCAACCGGGAAAUCGAGAAACUCCAGAAGGGCUGCAAUUAUCCCAAAGUGUUAUGGGGCUUAAAAAGCAGUCACACCCGCUGCUUCCUCCUCCCCCACCCAGGGAAAGGGAUAACGGGAGAGGGGCAGGGGCGCCUUCAAGAUAUGGAUGAAGACUUCCAGGAGAACCUGCGCGCGUUCAUAGCGGACGCGGUGAAAGGCGUCUGGCACCGGACUAAGACGGACCGGACCGGGGAGCUCCUCACCUGCUCACACCUUCCCUCCAUCCUGCAGGAAUUUGUCAGUGUUCUCGAGCAACAAAAAUACGGCUUCUCCACGCCGAUGGAGAUGUUUUAUGCCAUUAUGAACCAGAAGACCCUGGAGAACACCAAGAUGGAGAUGGCCGAAUUCCUCAACAAUCGGCCUUCCCACCUCCUACCAUCCACCAUGAGGACGCUCAUCUCCGAUAAGGUGGAGGAACUGACCAAAAAGUUCACCGACUCCUUGAAGGGUCCUAACCCCGCCCACCACGGCACAGUGCUGGGAGAGCUGGAGUCCCAUCUGCAGGAAGAACAGGAGAAGUUCUGUUCCGGGUACACUACGCGUUUCACCUGUAAUGCCAUCGGACUGGGCCUGACGGCGGGGAUCGGCCUGUAUGGGGUGGUUGGUGCCGCCGCCGCGAGGGGCACCGUCGUCAUGGCCACACAGCCGGCCGUAGUCGCUGCGGAGAAGGUGGUAGCCGAGUCGGUGGUCGCAGGCACUGUGAACCUGGUGAAGAGCGGGAUGUCCGCCCUGGUGGGGCGUUUUUUCCGAGGUGGCCUUUGAUGCAUAAUGGGGAGUAACCGCGCCCUAAAUAAAGCUCCCGGGUGUGUCCAGGGUGCUGGUUUUAAAAUGAAA